AUGGACACUUCGUCCACUUUGAUGCUUCAAGAUGAUUUUCUACUACCACAAUCACCAGAUGAAGUUCGCCGGCUCAUCAUCUUGGAUGCCCCAAAUCUCAUGCACAUGACAAAGACAAGGGAAAGUGACCAAAAUAAGGUGAGCGCCGCUGGACUACUUGCCGUGAUGAGAUACUUCUUCAAAAAGGAUUUUGACGUCAUAGCAGUCUCACAACGAAAAUACACUCGUGAUGCCACUGUAUCCAAUAAGUUUGCUGUGGAUCAACUUGAAAGCAUGGGCCUUAUAUAUUUGGCUGAGGGUCAUACUCUUGACGAUAUUGUUGCUCUUGAAAUGGCUCAUACGACAGACGGUGUUGUUGUUUCAAACGACCAAUUUGAAGACCAUAUGCAGCUUUCACAACGUUUCUCCAAAUUGUGCCAUCGUUGCGUUUCGAUCCAGCUCGAACAAGUGAAACCAUCUGAACGCUAUACAAUGAGCUGUAAUGGUCACUACAUAGCCGAGCACAUCUUCCGCUUUCAUCGCCAUCCUUCAACAGUGCAGAGCGGAUUCAUUUCUCAAGUCCUCCCUACCGUCCAUGAUGCGUUCUUCUCUACGCCAGACAAUAUCCGGCAUGAAAUCGUAAGAGAGCAUCGUCAGAAUUGGACCAAAGGCUAUCGCGAUCAAACCAUUUCAAUAAUCGAUGAGUUGCUCACAAGGAUUCGGCAAGACCAACGAAACAGUCUGAGAGGAGACGACAAGAAAAUAGAUAGACUAUGA